CUGUGUGAACGAAAAGCGGCUUCAGUGCGCCCGAGAGCAGCGCAAGGUCAAGAACACACAACCUCUUUCGAAAACAGUCGAUCGCCUGGCUUUAACUGUGAUGUGAUUGUCACAGAAAAAAAUAAAUAAAAAAUAAAUUUACACUAGAAGAUAUCAUCUGUGCCUAAUUUAAAAACAAAACACCAGUGGGAUCGCACGUGCGUUCCAAAUUUAAACGCUGCGCGUCGCGAGUUUUCCCGCGUAAACAUAGUGUUCUUAAAAGUGAUAAGACAAUUUUUAUGAAAAAUAUUUGUUUUGUGCAAAGAUACUGCAAUUUGUCAAGUUGGGGACAAUUACAGGAAAUAGUUCAGAGAGGGUUGCAGCGGCGCGCUACGGGGAGCGACGCGCGCGCACCAUGCUCGCGAGCAUCAAGGGAUUUUGGAAAGUGUGCCGCUAUGGGGAUCUUUACAUGGUGCUUGCAGCCCUCGCAGCGCAGUCCAUCAAUAUAUCGGUUGGCUUUUGCCAGGGCUUCUCCGCUGUUCUGCUACCCCAGUACACGCAUGAAUUUCCUUCAAUUUCAUAUGAUGAGAUCUCAUGGAUAGCCAGUUUGGGAGUGAUAUCGAACCCCAUCGGUGCCCUACUGGGGGGGAUGAUGGUAGAUGCGGUGGGCCGCCGGCUCCUCCUGCAGUCCAUCGUGCUACCGAACUUGAUAGGAUGGCUGGUCAUCGCAUUCUCAGAGACCUACGUCUUUUUGUGCGUAGGAAGAUUCAUCACGGGAUUCACUAUCGGUAUGUCAACCGUUUCGUACAUUUACGUAGUAGAAAUCACAACGCCAGAAAAAAGAGGAGUUUUGAGUGCAUUGGGUCCUGGUCUAGUUUCAACAGGCAUAUUUAUCGUAUACUCCCUCGGAGCCUUCAUCCACUGGCGACGAGUGGCGGCCAUCUGCGCCGCCUUCUCCCUUCUGACACCUUUCCUCAUGUACUUCGUCCCGGAAUCGCCAUUAUGGUUGGCCUCGAAGGGACAGAUGAAGGAGGCCUACAACGCUAUGUUCUGGCUGCGACAGAACAACAACACGGCUCAGCAGGAGCUGAUGGAGUUCACGAAGGAUCGAAAGUCGGACGAGUCGAUGACGUUCAGGCAGAAGUUGGGCCUGUUCAAGCGCCGGAGCGUGCUCAAGCCGUUCUGUCUAUUGAUCGUAUUCUUCGCGUUCCAAGAGAUGUCCGGCAUCUACGUGAUCCUGUACUACGCGGUGGACUUCUUCAAGUCGGUGGGCACGAGCGUCAACGAGUUCACGGCGUCCAUCAUCGUGGGCGGCGUGCGCGUGGCGAUGGGCGCGGUGGGCGCGGCUCUCAUCAGCAGCUUCCGGCGCAAGACGCUCGGCUGGGCCUCGGGGCUGCUGCUGGGCGCCGCCAUGCUCGGCGCCGCCGUGUGCGACUCGCUCGACGGGCCGCCGCUCGUCAAGCUGGCCUGCGUGCUGCUGCACGUGUGCUUCAGCAUGGUCGGCUUCCUGCAGCUGCCGUGGAUCAUGUCCGGCGAGCUGUACCCGCAGGACAUCCGCGGCGUCAUGUCCGGCGCGACGUCGUGCUGCGCCUACGUGCUGAUCUUCCUCAACAUCAAGACCUACCCGCAGCUGGAGAACCUGCUGACGAGCAACGGCACCCUGUACCUGUUCGCGAUUUGCGCCCUGCUGGGGGCCGCGUACUGCUACCUGUUCCUGCCGGAGACGAAGGGCAAGACGCUCGCGGAGAUCAUGAGGCAGUUCGACGAGGAGAAGAAGGAGGCCGACCCCGAGGCGGGGAGGGGCGCGCGCGGGGGGGCGGCGCCGGCGCGGCGGCACAGCGCCGCCUGAGCGCGGGCCGGCGCGCUACGUGGGCCCGUUGCGGUUGUGUCCUAAUUUAUGCGAGGUUGUGUACUGCUCGUAUACACUUCGCGCGAUCAGUAUUAUAGGUUUUGACUGUUUAUUAGCGAUAAGCGAGUGAUACAUUCCAUUGUGAUAGAUUUAGCUCGUAUACGUGGUGAUGUUAUUAAAGUUAAGUAUUAAAGUAUGAGUUACCGUUUUAUACACUGUACCGUUUAGUGUUGCAAUUGUUUAUACAUAUUUAUUUAAAUGUUUAUUAUUUAUUUACUCGACGAAUGCGUCCGUUUCACAAUUAUCUUAAAUUAUACUUUUUUAUUUUUGUUACUUUAGUAGGUAAAAGCUAUUACAGAAAAUAUUUUUGUAUAGUAUGAUAAAAUAGGAAUUUUAAUUGUAUGAGUAAUAUAUAAGAAAAUACUUUUUUAUACAGGAAGUAUGACCUCAGUGCCUACACGUUAAUAUAUACAAACUACAAUAAUAGAUGUAAUUAUUUUAUAGUUGUCUUUGAAUUCUGUGAUGUAUUACAAAGGACUGUUGUGUGUGAAAUAAAGCGUUGUUUUUAUAAGAGUUU